CGCAGUGCACGGUUGUGUCGCUCCGCCGGCAGAGGAAAUGCUCGUAGACCAAUCACAUCUGUGUUUACACCAUCACCUGUCAAACACACACCCUCUGGUACAUUUUCUCUCUGAAAGGAGCUGAAACACACACUCACACUGAAGCGCCUACGGUAGCCGCUAACUGGACGGACUCUCUGGCAAUUGACCUUUUGCAGCGGAAUAGUGGAAUAAGUCUUGAACCAUGAGCUCAGUGGCAGUGUUGACCCCAGAGAGCUUUGCCGAGCAUCGCAGUGGCCUGAAGGACCAGGAAAUAACAGGCUGCGUCCCAGAGGAUGAGGCAUACAUCCCUACCUAUCUGGAAGCCUUCCCUCCGCUGCCGGAGAAGGGGGCACCAGGGGAGAAGGCCGGGGAGCCAGCGUCAGCAUGGGGGAGCAAGAUCAGGCCCAUCAAAGCCUCUGUUAUCACCCAGGUGUUCCACGUGCCCCUGGAAGAACGGCGCUACAAGGACAACAGCCAGUUUGGGGAGGGCGAGGAAGCCAAAGUGUGCUUGGACAUCAUGCAGCGAACAGGAGCACACAUUGAGCUGUCCCUGGCCAAAGACCAGGGCCUGUCCAUCAUGGUCACUGGCAAACUGGACUCUGUCAUGAAGGCUCGCAAGGAAAUUGUAGCUCGCCUGCAGACACAGGCAUCUGCUACGGUUGCCAUCCCCAAGGAGCAUCAUCGUUUUGUCAUUGGCAAGAAUGGUGAGAAGCUGCAGGAGCUAGAGCUGAAGACUGCCACCAAGAUUGCAAUUCCCCGUCCGGACGACCCCAGCGCUAACAUCCGCAUCACUGGUACCAAGGAAGGCAUCGAAAAGGCUCGCCAUGAAAUCCUACUGAUCUCUGCUGAGCAGGACAAGCGUGCAGUGGAGCGUCUGUCCCUUGAGAAGGCUUUCCACCCCUUCAUUGCUGGUGCCCACAACAGGCUGGUGCAGGAGUUGAGCCAAGAGACCGGUGCCCGGAUCAGCAUCCCCCCGCCCAGUCUGCCCAAGGAUGAGAUUGUCAUCACUGGAGAGAAGGAGGCCGUAGCGCUGGCGCUCAGCCGCAUUCGAGCCAUCUACGAUGACAAGAAGAGGAAGACCACAACCAUCUCUGUGGAGGUGAAGAAGUCCCAGCAUAAGUACAUCAUAGGUCCGAAGGGCAACACGUUGCAGGAAAUCCUGGAGGCCACGGGGGUGUCAGUAGAAAUGCCUCCUCUGGACUCCGGCUCAGAAACUAUCAUCCUUAGAGGGGAACCCGACAAACUGGGACCAGCACUUACACAGGUCUACGCCAAGGCUAAGAGUGUGAUGGUGGUGGAGGUGACUGCUCCAGCCUGGCUACACCGUUUCAUCAUCGGCAAGAAAGGACAAAACAUCGGACGGAUCACACAGCAGCUACCACGGGUUCACAUAGAGUUUACGGAUGGUGAGGAGCGCAUCAGUCUGGAGGGGCCGACAGAGGAGGUGGAGCAAGCUCAGGCCCAGAUACAAGAGAUUAUCAAGGAUCUGCUGGUGAGGAUGGACUACACGGAAGUCAUCAUAGAUCAGCGUUUCCACAGACACCUUAUCGGAAAGAACGGAGCCAACAUCAAUAGGAUCAAGGAGCAGUACAAAGUGUCAGUACGAAUCCCUCAAGACUCAGAGAGAAGUGGUUUGGUCCGGAUUGAAGGAGACCCUAAAGGAGUGCAGCUGGCACGCAGAGAGCUCAUCGAGAUGGUCCAGAGAAUGGAAAACGAACGCACCAAAGACCUGAUUGUGGAGCAGAAGUUUCAUCGGACAAUCAUUGGGCAGAAAGGAGAAAAGAUCAAAGAAGUUCGAGACAAAUUUCCUGAGGUCAUUAUCAAUUUCCCUGAUCCAUCGCAGAAGAGUGACAUUGUCCAGCUGAGAGGGCCGAAGAACGAGGUGGAGAAAUGUGCCAAGUUUCUCCAGAAAAUCAUUGCAGACCUGAUUGAGAAUAGCUUCUCGCUUUCCGUUCCCAUCUUUAAGCAGUUUCACAAGAACAUAAUUGGUAAGGGUGGCGCCAACAUUAAAAAGAUCCGUGAAGAGACAAACACCAAGAUCGACCUGCCAACAGAGAACAGCAACUCUGAGAUGAUCGUAAUCACAGGCAAGAAGAGCAACUGUGAGGCAGCCAGAGAUCGAAUCCUUGCCAUCCAGAGAGAGCUGGCCAACAUUAAAGAGACAGAGGUCACCAUCCCAGCCAAGUUGCACAACUCUCUGAUCGGCUCCAAAGGCUGCCUUGUGCGCUCCAUCAUGGAAGACUGCGGCGGCGUCCACAUCCAUUUCCCCUCUGAGGGCUCCGGAUCAGACAAGGUCACCAUCAGAGGGCCUGUUGGUGAGGUAGAGAAAGCCAAGAAACAGCUGCUGCAGCUAGCUGAAGAGAAGCAAGUCAACAACUUUACAGCUGAGCUUCAGGCCAAACCAGAGUACUACAAAUUCUUGAUUGGUCGUGGUGGAGCCAAUAUUCGCCGUGUGCGAGACAGGACGGGGGCCCGCAUCAUCUUCCCCUCACCUGAUGACACGGAGCAAGAACUGAUCACCAUUGUAGGGAAAGAGGAAGCUGUGCGUCAAGCCCAAAAAGAGCUGGAGAGUUUGGUCAAAAACCUGGAUGACGUGGUGGAAGACAGCAUGGUGGUAGAUGUUCGCCAUCACCGCCACUUCGUGUGUCGGAGAGGCCAGGUGCUGCGGGAGCUGGCGGAGGAGUAUGGCGGUGUGGCUGUGAGCUUCCCUCGUACCGGAGCCAACAGCCAGCGGGUUACUCUGAAGGGGGCAAAGGACUGUGUUGAGGCUGCAAAAAAACGCAUCCAGGAGAUUAUUGAGGAUCUGGAGUCUCAGGUGAGCGUGGAGGUUGCCAUACCUCAGCGCUAUCACCGCGCCAUCAUGGGGCCUAAAGGCUGCCGCAUUCAGCACAUCACCAGGGAGCAUGAGGUCCAAAUCAAGUUCCCCGAGAGAGACGACAGUGCUUCAGGUCAGGAGGCCUCACCACAGGAAAACGGCGAGGUCAGUCCAGAGGCAGAGUUUGUCCCCCGCAAGUGUGACAUCAUCACCAUUUCUGGACGGGCAGAGAAGUGUGAACAGGCUAAAGCUGCACUGUUGGCGUUGGUGCCCAUAACGGAGGAUGUCGAGGUAUCUUACGAGCUGCAUCGCUAUAUCAUUGGUCAGAAGGGCAGUGGAAUCAGGAAGAUGAUGGAAGAGUAUGAGGUUAACAUCUGGGUGCCACAGCCAGAGAAGCAGCUGGAUGUGAUCAAGGUGACGGGCCUGGUAGCCAACGUGGAGCGAGCCAAACAGGGUCUGUUGGAAAGGGUCAAAGAGCUGCAGGCUGAGCAGGAGGACAGGGCCCUGCGCAGUUUUAAGGUGACCAUGUCUGUAGAUCCAAAGUUUCAUCCCAAGAUUAUUGGCCGCAAAGGAGCAGUCAUCUCUCAGAUCAGAAAAGAUCAUGAUGUCAGCAUCCAGUUCCCCGACAAAGGAGAUGAGCAGCAGGAUCUGAUUGUGAUCUCUGGUUAUGAGCGUAACGUGGAGGAGGCACGUCAGGCCAUCCAGCAGCUUGUGGCCGAGCUGCAGGAGAUGGUGAGCCAGGACGUUCAUCUGGACCCGAGGACCCACGCUCGCAUCAUUGGAGCCCGUGGCAAAGCCAUCCGCAAGCUGAUGGAGGAGUUCAAGGUGGAUAUCCGGUUCCCUCAACCAGGCUCCGACGAACCCGACAAAGUGACGGUGACAGGCCUUCCUGAGACUGUUGACAACGCCAUUGAUCACCUGCUCAACCUGGAAGAGGAAUAUAUGCUCAGUGUAACAGAGACAGAGACCUUGGCAGCAUACAUGAAGCCUCCGUCUCGCUAUGGAGGAGGAGGGGGAGCAGGAGGAGUGGACGAUAGCAGCGGGGGUCCAGCUAAGGGCUUUGUAGUGCGGGACGCCCCCUGGAACGCAGCAGGAAACAAGGCUCCAGACAUGAGCAGCGCUGAGGAUUUCCCCACGUUUGGGACAGGCGUGGCCCCGAAGCAAGCGUCUGCAUGGGGUCCCAAGAAGUUCUGAAGCUACGCAUCUGAAAAGGAAAAAAAAAACCUUCUGUAAAGUAGAUGAUGAGAGAGAAAACAAAACUCUUAUGAAAUUGCUGCUCGCCUUCCUCCUCCUCCUCCUCCUCUUCCUCUCUUUAGUGACCUUCCUAUUGUCUCUCGUUCUCUGUAAGCCCCUGCUGUUCUCCUUCAACCAGCCACAAUGAAUUCUGGGAGAACUAUUUCUUCUUUCGUCCUUCUCCGUCUCUCUUCUUAGUACCUCUACGUCCUCCUUCCUACGAGAGAAAAAACUGAACGUUGAGCGCUCUCUUCAUAGUUUCGCUGUCCUGCUUUGCCUCUCGGUUGCACCACCCCGGCCGGUCUCGCUGACACAUUUAAAAAAAAAAAAGCGUUUAUUUUCCACUUGCGACUGCCAAACCUCUCCCCUCAGAAUUAAAGUGUCACCUCACUGCAGUACAUAAAGAAAUGUUAGAAUCCUUCAGAGUAGAGUCAGGGAAAUAUUCGGAGAUAUCUGAAGCGAGGCGCUUUUAGGAGCAUGGGGGUCGUGUGUCCAAGUUAAGACAGCUAAUUUGGAUUUCUAAGCUAACAAAGAAGAGAGGAGUCUGUUUUAUAGAGCAAGAAGAGUUUGUACACUAUUCCAUCUUUGAAGGUUCUUUUCCUGUGGUUUUUAGAAGAAGCUUUCUUAUUGGCUCACCUUUUCAGUCACUCGUGGUGCAGCAGAUGAGGCAAUGAGCUGUGUUUCAGUGUGUGCGUGUCGGUGGGUUCAGGAGAGGUUUUUUUUCACCCACAAGUGUUUGUAGAUCCCUUUUUAAUUUAUUUCUGAGCUGGGAGCAAAAAAAGAAAAAAAACAGCUGCUGUAGUCGACGUUCUUUUUACAUUUUGAUGACUCAAAAGAUGUGGAAGUCCUGCGCCGAGUGUUUGUACUGAAGGUUGUUUUGUCACAACUGUUUAUUUAUUCAAAAAGGAGCCAUUUUAUUUGAACUACUGUGACCAUGCGUUUUUAUAAAAGCACUCAUUGUAGCUUGCAACGUUCCGUUCGGGAGUGAAUGCUGUACGUCAGGGUUUGGGAACAUGUCAACAGUUGCUAUGUCUAAGUGUACAAAGAACUUUUCGCUAUUUUUUUAAACUGUGUGGGGUUUUUUUUGUUGUCGGUUUCUGGCAUAUUUGAAAGACUAUGUAUGUAUGUGUGCGUGCGCGUGGAAGUUAAGAUGUAUAUUUGAAUGAAGCUGAACCAAACUUUUA